AUGUCCAGCUAUAGAAAAGCAAUUUCCACCUUUCAUUUGCCACAGAGCCUUUGGCUGUUCCUCUGCACCAGCCAUGCCUUUGACCCGAACAACGCCUACCUUCCAGCCAGCAAUGAUUAUGUAGAACGCAGUCCCAUUGCCACGGAGUAUUUCAGCUACAGCGCACCACAGGAGGAGGAUCAGAACUUACCCCUUCAAACAGCUCGACAGCUUGCCAAUGCCUUUUCGCCGCCUCAUCAAGUUGUCUUCAUACGCACUCCGGAGAGCAAUCUCUUUACACAGACAGCCAAGCACGUGGCGGAGCGUAAUUCCCUGGAUAUAUAUGUGCUCCAGCAACAAAUGGAUACUGCCGCUUUGGCUCAACAAAAGGCGGCCAUACAGCAGCAGGCGAGUCCCAAGCCCACAGUUCACUUUGUCAAGUACCGCACGCCCGCGGAUGUAAGCCGGGCUUUGAGUACUCUAAAAGGCAACUACGAUCAGUUGCCAGGCAGAAGCUAUAGCCAUGCCGUGGAAGCCGCCAAGGUACUUCAACUUGACCAGCCACAGCGCAUAGGACAGCAUGAACCUGUGGUGUUCAAAAUCUUACCAAAGAACUCCGCCAAUUAUGAGACCCAUGAGCCGGUGACUGAGCUGGAGACCGCCAAGCUGCAGUCGCUUUUUCAGCCAUAUUUGCCACCUGCCCAUCGGCUUUAG